AUGCGCCAUUUGUCAAGUCAAUCACCUUGCAUUCCACAUGGAAUGCCCCGUUUUCCUGAAAAAACUCCAAUUAAAAAAUCCCAACGUGACAAUUACGGUGAUGCAGCUGUUGGGUAUGUUGAACUCAAAAGACAAGGCGAUAACUGUUUAGUGCGAGGGCGGAUUUGUCCAGAACAUCGAGUACGGAAUACACCGUAUCAUGUGGAGCUCAAAGUGAAUGAGAAAAAAGAAGAAGUAGUCGAAGUCUCUUGUAAAGAUUGCGCAGCGUCUGCCGGAGGUUGUAAGCAUUUGAUGUGGCUUCAUCGACGAAGCGAAGAACCGGAGCCAACAGCCGUUCAAUGCUAUUGGAAGAAACCGGUGCUAGCUCAAGUCGGAUCAAACAUCCCAUUUUUAACUGCAAAAAUGAUGAAAAAGCCAGAAAAAGAUUACGACUUCUUGAACACUGACGAUUUUUUUUGAGGCGUUAUUGCAGAACUUUCUAAGAGACAGUGCAAUACUCAAAUAUCUCGGCAUUGCUUUCUUCUGAAUUCAGAGUCCGAUAAAGAUUACUCGUUGCAUAAACUGAUGAUAGAUUUUGUCGAAGCUGGAGGGAGUUCUGCGGAAAACUUUGUAUUAUUUGCGAAAAGUCAGAUGUCUGCUGAUGAAUGUAAUAGAAUAAGUGAUAUUACAAAGGAUCAAGCUGAUUCGAAAUUGUGGGGGGAACUACGAUAUUGUAGAAUUACUGCGUCUAAAAUACAUGAAGUUGCUCAUUGUAAAACUGUAGAUGGUGUUUUAGUUGAAAGAAUUAUCGGAGUAGGGAAAAGCAUAAACACUGACGCAAUUGAACGAGGAAAAGCGUUAGAAAAAGACAUUGUUACAAAAGUAGAGAUAGAACUUGGCAUGAAAUUGAACGAAUGUGGUUUGAUUUUGGAUCCAGAGUACCCGAUCCUCGGUGCAUCACCAGAUGCAGUUGGCCCGGAUUUUGUUGUCGAGAUAAAGUGCCCGAUUUCAGAAAACACCAAGAAACAAUAUCUUACUGCAACUGGUGUUACGAAAAAGCACUUGGCACAAAUCCAACUACAAUUGUUUAUGAGAAAAGUUAAGCGAGGUUACUUUUGUGUUGCUGAACCUGAUUACGAGAUGUCAAACGACGUAACUAUAAUACCAGUUCAAUACGACGAAAAAUUUACAACUGACUUAGUACACAAAAGUAUGAAACCGCUAUUUUUCCUAAAUUGUACAAAUCUGUAA